AUGUAUAAACACCCUUUAGGAUUUGAAUAUUGGUACGCAGACAAACAAGGAAAUUUAGUUUGUUAUACAUGUGAACCUGAAUUAUACGUUUACCUAUGUGAUACUAAACACUAUCUACCAUCACUUCUUUCAACAAAUAUUUCACAUGAAAUACCGAAAAAAAAAUUAGUUUUAAAAUUGAAACAAAAUCAAGAGCUAUUACCACCAAAUGUGCAAUUUUUUGUACCUUCAGAAUGCAGACAACAAGGUGAAUCAAUAAUGAAAAUGAUGUUCAACCGAUCACAUAUUGCAAAAAACUCAACAUGUAAUCAACAUUAUAUCUAUAAUCCUGAAGCGUGGAGUUCUCUUCCACAACCUAAAGUUAAAAUGCCCUAUGGACAUGAAACACAAACAUAUAUCACAAACAACAACAUGAAUAACCUACAGAUGUUAGAUGAAAUUAAGAGAACGAGUAAUGAAUGUGAACGUCUUAAGUUGGAGAUGGAGAAACAAGAUGCAGAAGCUAAAGAAAAAAUUGAACAACAAAACAAACAAUUUCAACAAAUACUCGUGGUUGCAACUCAAUUGAUUCAACAGCAAGCGAAUAUGCUGGAACAAUUUACAAAAGUUGUAAAUGAAACAUUAGCAGUUGUGCAAACAGCAGUAAAUAACAAUGAUGGAUUAAAAAGCGGAGGUAGUCAAAAAAAAAGUUAUUUUUUAACUUAUUAA